GGCAUACCUCUGGAAACGUCCGUUCCUGGCAACGCCGUUCGUUUUUCUUCCCCCCUCGAUGGAACAAAAAUAUUGCUGGUAUCACGGACGUCGUGAAUCAUAUAAAGUACAUGCAUCUUAUUUUAACGAUAAAGACUGGACCAUCAUCUCCGGUUAAUUCCGAUUACGUACUGUAAGAGCAACCGGUCAUCUGAAGCAUUGAAGAAGUGCAUAGUGCAAGAAGAGGACUUUUUCGUCGGUGAUAGGUUAUGUGUUGACAACACCAAGUGAGCAUCCACAGAGAGAUCUAUAUAGAAGAUGUUUUCCAAGAAGAAGAAAAAGCCACAGAUCUCGACGCCCACCAACUUCGAACACAGAGUGCACACAGGUUUUGAUAAGAGGGAGGGAAGGUAUGUGGGGCUUCCACUGCAAUGGGCCUCAAUUGUGGGCAACAACCAAAUCCUCAAGUCCACCAACAGGCCUUUACCCCUUGUGGAUCCCAGCGAGAUUACACCAACAGAGAUCCUCGAUCUGAAGACAAUAGUCAGGGGUGAUCAUAAAUCUGAGCACAGGCUCAGUGUGCACCAGAACAAACCAAAUGGCAUAGUCCUACCAAAAACUUCCAAUGUAGCCAGAUCCAAUUCACUUCGCUCCUCAAGUCCACCGCGAUUACGGCGCGACAUCAAGAACAACACAAAUGUGCCACCGGCUGUGCCUGAGGAGCAGAUUAUGCAGUACUCCUCAAUGAGACGAGGAGAACCAACAACAAACAACAAUCCAAGCAAACCGAUUAGGGAGAAUUCACCUGCUGAAAGAUCUCUGAGCAACCAUGAGGUGCCUCAUUUCAAUGGGAAUAAUGUGCAUCAGGAGCCCUACACACAUCGGCAGAUCUCUCCAGCAGGAUCCAUGUCCUCUGUACCACCUAUGGGUUUGAAUCACCUGGGUGCUCAUUCACAUGCAAGCACAGGAUCUCACCAGAGCUUGCAACAUGCAAAUUACACACCACACAGGCCUGACCAAAACCAGAAUGUCAAGAACGGCAAUCAAACACCAAACCUUCCACCAGCCAAUCCGGCUUCAGCCACCAAACAGCAACACGAGCAGAGACUCACUCAUGAACAGUUUAGAGCGGCUUUGCAAAUGGUCGUGUCUUCGAGGGACCCGCGUGAGAACUUAGAUGAAUUUAUUAAAAUCGGGGAAGGAUCGACAGGAACGGUAUGCAUUGCGCAGGAGAGAAACACCGGAAGACAGGUGGCGGUGAAGAAGAUGGAUCUGAGGAAGCAGCAGAGGCGGGAGCUACUCUUCAACGAGGUGGUGAUAAUGCGCGAUUACCACCAUCCGAACAUCGUUGAGAUGUACGACUCGUACCUGGUGAACGACGAGUUGUGGGUGGUCAUGGAGUUCCUGGAGGGCGGCGCCUUGACGGACAUCGUGACGCACUCGCGCAUGGACGAGGAGCAGAUAGCCACCGUCUGCAAGCAGUGCUUGAAAGCAUUGGCCUACCUACAUUCCCAAGGUGUGAUUCACAGAGAUAUCAAGUCUGAUUCAAUACUUCUUGCGCCCGACGGACGCGUCAAACUCUCCGACUUCGGGUUCUGCGCCCAGGUAUCGCAGGAGCUACCCAAACGCAAGUCGCUCGUUGGCACUCCGUACUGGAUGUCUCCGGAAGUUAUAAGUCGAUUACCUUACGGACCUGAAGUGGAUAUUUGGUCGUUGGGUAUAAUGGUGAUCGAGAUGGUGGACGGUGAGCCGCCAUUCUUCAGCGAGCUUCCACUUCAGGCGAUGAGACGUAUCCGCGAGAUGCCUCCGCCAAAGCUAAAGAACGCCCACAAGGUGUCGCCACGGCUGCAGAGCUUCCUGGACCGGAUGCUCGUCAGGGAUCCGGCGCAGAGAGCCACCGCCUCCGAGCUCCUUUCGCAUCCAUUCCUAAGGCAAGCCGGACCUCCUGCCCUUCUAGUGCCGCUCAUGAGGAACGUCAAACAUUGAUGAUGUUGUUAAUGAAAGAGUGAUAUUUAUUUUGCUCCGUUCACCUCAACGCUAUUUGAGAUGAAGAAGCUAUCUUCUUACGUUUCAGUUCAGAUGAACAGAAUUUCCGCUUUUCUAUUCAUUAAUUUAUUAGUGUAUGCUCGUAAUCUCAAUCAAAUUGAGUUGAAUUUCCAAUUCCAAAAAUUUUGACGGUACCAAGUCACAAUGAGUGAGCAAUAAUCAUUAAUAUCAAAUAAAAAUAUACAGAAUUUUAUAGAAAACACAUUUUAUGCAAAAUAAUCAAUAAGUACGUUUUAACUAAAUCUGAUUUGCUAUUUUCUAAACAUUUUAUAAAAUAUUGAUCGUGUAUUCAAUUGAGCAUUACUAAAUACUAAAGCGUAGAAGAACAUUAAGUGCCUUAUAUCUACAAACAAAAAAGUUUUAUCGUAAAUUCCAUAAGUAUUAUUUUACUGAAUUUGCUAUAUUUAAGCAUUAUACAAUGUGAUCGAUUUUUUGAAUAUUCAGUAUAAGCAAUGUAUAAAUUAAUCUAAGUGCCUUACGAUUACUAACGUUUUCCAGUUUUUUUCGGAAAUCGAUAAAUAUCUGAAUAAGAAAUCUCUUAAAGCGAUAUUUGAUUAUUAAUCGAGUGAUUGGUAAAUAAUAAUAGUUGGAAUUGGAAUUGACGCCUUCGAUAUUAACUCGCAAAGUCUAUACAAAUCUGAUUUCUGAAUCUCAAUAAUUAUCAAAAAAAAAACAAAUAUAUUAGGAAUCUCGUCAUCUCUGCCUUUUACGAUUCAAACGUUUCCAUUGUCGUCAUAACAAUGGUACUUCGAAUACGCGACGAGUCUCGAGAAAUUUACAACUAAUACAUAGCAAAAAAAAAACAAGUUCAAUCAAAUUGAACGAACUGUUCAAAUAGUGUUCGUAAUACAGGCCUACUUAAAUUUUAUGGAAUUUACACACAUUAUUAUAUAUUAAUUUUUAUAUAGUUGAUAUGAAUAUUUAUUUGUUGACGUCUUGUUUAAUGGAUUGGAUUUUUAUUGCAUAUAUAUUUAUACAUAUAUAAUGACAUUAGUUACUAUACUGAUUAUUAAUAUUAUUAACUUUCCCCCUGUUUAUAUACUAUACAUAGAUUACUGUUAGUUGAUUCGUUUUUUCUUCAUCUUAAUAUACUUGUAUUUUCUUUUGUUCGUUUUCUAACAA